AUUGGGAAUAUACAGAAUUUAACGAGCUCGAAGUGGUGGGCAGAGAAAGGAGAGCGCACGAACCGCUAAGCAACUUCAGUUUUUAACGGAUUUAAAACACAUAUAAACGAGGAAUUGAACCGGUUAACUAAAGUGAAUUGAUCCAACACGCGAAUUGGAAAGGACAAAAUAUUUCAAGAAUUUCCUACUACACAGAAUAUGACAGACACCUAGCUCACAGCAAAGGCAUGGCGACAGCUUACCUGGACCCCAACCUCAACCACGCCCUGGCUGGGGGGGCCAAGUCGCGCCUCAGUGCGGGCACAGCCACGGAGCGGGCUCCCGGGGCCCCUGACAGGGUCCUGAAGGUCUUCCAUCACUUCGAGAGCAAUAGCGAGCAUAGCACAUGGGCCAGCAACAUCCGCCAUGGGGACGCCACCGAUGUCAGGGGGAUCAUCCAGAAGAUCUUGGACAUUCACAAGGUGAAAUGCGUGGCGUGCUUUGGCCUGCGGCUCAGCCACUCCCAGUCCGGCCAGGUCCACUGGCUCCACCCUGAUAUGGGCGUGUCCCACGUGAGGGAGAAAUACGAGCAGACCCGCUCCCAGGAGGAGUGGAGGUAUGAACUGCGUAUUCGCUACCUUCCAAAAGGAUUCCUGCACCACUUCAGUGAAGAUAAACCCACACUCAACUACUUCUACCAGCAGGUGAAAAAUGACUACAUGGUAGAGAUAGCCGACCAGGUCGAGCAAGACAUUGCACUUAAGUUGGGAUGCCUUGAAAUCAGGAGAUUCUUCCGGGAGAUGCGGGGAAAUGCCCUGGACAAGAAAUCAAACUAUGAACUAUUAGAAAAAGAUGUGGGCUUAAGAAGAUUCUUCCCCAAGAGUUUACUGGAUUCAGUCAAGGCCAAAACCCUGCGGAAGCUGAUUCAGCAGACGUUCAAACAGUUUGCCAACAUGAAUGAUGACCAGAGCAUCCUCAAGUUCCUGGAGAUUCUGGCGCCCGUCUACAGAUAUGAUAAGGAGUGUUUUAAAUGUGCUCUCGGGUUGAGCUGGGUCAUCCAAGUAGAGCUAGCCAUUGGACCUGAGGAGGGCAUUAGCUACCUUACAGACAAGGGUUUGACUCCAACACACCUGGCCAACUUCACCCAGGUGCAGACCAUUGGAUACUCCGUCAUGGAGGACAAGGAGAGGAAGGGCAUGCUGCAGCUCAACGUGGCCGGUGCUGCUGAGCCUCUCACAGUGACCACGCCGUCACUCACCACAGCUGAAAACAUGGCCGACCUCAUAGACGGCUACUGUCGCCUGGUAAACGGAGUCACCCAGUCCUUCAUCAUACGGCCGCAGAAAGAGGGAGAGAGAGCACUGCCUUCAAUCCCCAAGGUGCCCAACAAUGAGAAGAGGAUAGUAGAGGGGGUGGUCCGGAGCGCCGGGGUGCGUGCCAUCUCUGUCUCAGAGACGGAUGACUAUGCUGAGAUUAUAGACGAAGACGAUACCUACACCAUGCCCUCAACAGUGAGCUAUGGAGUAGAUGAAGCCAGGGACUAUGAGAUCCAGAGAGACAGGAUAGAGCUGGGACGCUGCAUCGGUGAGGGACAGUUUGGAGACGUCCACCAGGGAGUGUACAACAGCCCGGAGAAUCCCACUCUAAACGUGGCCAUUAAAACAUGCAAGAACUGCACGUCGGACAGCGUGCGCGAGAAGUUCCUUCAGGAAGCACUGACCAUGCGUCAGUUCGACCACCCCCACAUAGUGAAGCUGAUUGGUGUGAUCACAGAAAACCCAGUGUGGAUCAUCAUGGAGCUGUGCACGAUGGGAGAGUUGAGGUCAUUUUUACAAGUAAGGAAGUACAACCUGGACCUAUCAACGUUGAUCCUGUUCUCCCACCAGCUCAGCACAGCUUUGGCCUACCUGGAGAGCAAACGCUUUGUCCAUAGGGACAUUGCUGCCAGGAACGUGCUAGUGUCUUCCACAGACUGUGUGAUGCUGGGAGACUUUGGCCUCUCCCGCUACAUGGAAGAUUCCUCCUACUACAAAGCUUCCAAAGGGAAACUGCCAAUCAAAUGGAUGGCUCCAGAGUCCAUCAACUUCAGACGCUUUACCUCAGCCAGCGACGUGUGGAUGUUUGGUGUGUGUAUGUGGGAGAUCCUCAUGUACGGUAUCAAGCCCUUCCAGGGGGUAAAGAACAAUGAUGUCAUCGGGCGGAUAGAGAACGGAGAGCGUCUGGCCAUGCCCCACAACUGUCCCCCCACCCUGUACAGCCUGAUGACCAAGUGCUGGGCCUACGACCCCAGCAAGAGACCCCGCUUCACAGAGCUCAAAACCCAGCUCAGUACUAUCCUAGAGGAGGAGAAGGCCCAGCAGGAGGAGAGACUAAGGAUGGAGAUGAGACGUCAGGUCACUGUGUCCUGGGACUCAGGGGGCUCAGACGAGGCCCCCCCUAAACCUAGCAGACCUGGUUACCCCAGCCCUCGGUCUAGUGAAGGAUUCUACCCCAGCCCUCAGCACGCUGGGCAGCUCAACCAUUACCAGGUUGGGUACCCUGGCCCCCAUGGCAUGCCCGCUAUGCCCAGUGGCGGGUACCCUCCCCAGGCCGGUGUCCUGGACCCCCAUGAGACCUGGAACCACCACCGGCCAGGGGACGUCCCCAUGUGGUCCCCCAACAUGGAGGAUGGAGGUGUGUUGGACUUGCAUGGUUUGGGCCAGGUGCUGCCCCCCCACCUGAUGGAGGAGAGGCUGAUGAUGCAGCAGCAGCAGAUGGAGGAGGACCAGCGCUGGUUGGAGCAGGAGGAGUGCUUCCUGAAGCCAGAAUCCAGGAACUCGCGGGGCAGCAUUGACCGGGAGGACUGCAGUCUCCAGGGGCCGACGGGAAACCAACACAUAUACCAACCAGUGGGACUGGGGAAACCAGAGCAUGUGGCCCCUCCUAAGAAGCCUCCUCGUCCUGGAGCCCCCAGCCACCUGGGCAGUCUGGCCAGCCUCAACCCUGUAGACAGCUACAACGAGGGGCUCAAGCCCUGGAGGAUCCAGCCUCAGGAGAUCAGCCCUCCCCCCACGGCCAACUUGGACCGCUCCAACGACAAGGUGUAUGAGAACGUGACGGGCCUGGUCAAGGCUGUUAUAGAGAUGUCCAGUAAGAUCCAGCCAGCCCCUCCAGAGGAGUACGUCCCUAUGGUCAAGGAGGUGGGACUAGCUUUGAGAACCCUAUUGGCCACAGUGGACGAGACCAUACCAGUGUUACCAGCAAGCACACACAGAGAGAUUGAGAUGGCCCAGAAGCUCUUGAACUCUGACCUGGCCGAGCUGAUCAACAAGAUGAAGCUGGCCCAGCAGUAUGUCCUCACCAGCUUGCAGCAGGACUACAAGAAACAAAUGCUGACUGCCGCACAUGCCCUGGCUGUGGAUGCCAAGAACCUGCUGGACGUCAUCGACCAGGCCCGGCUCAAGAUGAUCCAUGCCCAGUCCCGGGGGUCACACUAGCCACCUCCGGUACCUAGCUCCCUGGGCAUGGAAGACCUCUAAGGGGAGGGAUAUAACAGAGGGAAGCGAGUCUGCUGUGGAAAUAGAGCUGGUUGGUUUCAGCUCCCAUAGCAAUCUGCACAGACUGCACAAUGUCACAAGUCAAGACUGCUCAGCUCACACCUCGAUCAGAGCUCCUGAUACUACAGGACAGAGACCGAAGUGGACACUCGACCUGAUCGUACCCUUCCACCCCCUUCCUAAAAACUUUUUAUAGACUUGUGUUUUGUCUGUCGCUGCACUCCAGGAUCCCUGGAUGGUUGGAGAUCAGUUACAUACAAACUCUUGUUUUAUUAGAUUUGGCUGCGUCUCGUUUGUGCUGAUAGUUUUUUUUUAUCCAGAGGUGAAGUUCAGCUCACGUCAGACGUCUUCUUCCAGGUGGCUAAUAAUUCUAAUUAUCACAGAUGAGGAAAUAGAUUAUAUUCUAACUGGAACAUCUGAUCCAUUGAAGAACUACAAGCUAUAAAUGGUAAUGAUUAACAUUGUGUUUCUGAGAGAUUUCAAUGUUAAAACACUUACCUUCCCUACAGUAUCACAGCAUAUAAUGCUCAUCCCAACACUCCACUAGAAUUAUAUAUUUUGGAAGCUCAUUUUUUCAUCCUCUUACAGACUCAGGCACCUCUCGACACAGCAAAAAAUAAAUUGUUUUUUCAAACAUGUCACAUGCCACUUUUUAAGUUAACUAAUAGUAAAUAUACAAAUAUAUUUUUCAGCAUUUCUGGGAUUGAAAUGUUAUAAGGGGGAGGCACAUUUAAGUUCCACAGUGAAGAUGAACUAUCACGUGCCAAAUGAUUUGAAUCAUCCAAUAGUUUGGCAGUUAUACAGUCCCAUUGCUAGCCAUUCCCUUAUCACUGUUUUUGUAUAUUUAAACCAGGUGCUCUAUUCAAUCUUGAUCAAUAAAGCGUUAGAUUGCACAAUAGAAAUGUAUUUUCAGAUUGAGCCGACUAUAACAUGUAAUUUAGCAGAUGCUCUUAUCCAGAGUGACUUGCUACCUGCCGCCCCAGUAAUGCUGAACUUCCACGAUAUGGAUUGAAUAGAGCCCCAAGUGAAACCUUUCUGCUUCUUUGGUUAAGCCCCAUUGCCUGGGUCAUAUUCAUUAGGGCACACUGUAGCAAAACAUUUUGCAAUGGAAAAUAAGCAUCACUUAUUGGACAACUUCAGGUAGUCCUUACUUGUUCAAUUUUUGUUUGGUGCCUAAUGAAUGACCCUGGUUUACAGAUUCUGGCUCUCCAGACCGUUAGACCUUAAUGUCCCUAUCAUGUGUACAAUCUCAAACCGCUUGUUUUGGGUGUAACUUAUUCUCAGGAAGAAUAACCUGUACAGUUCCUUAAACUAAUAAAAUGUAGCGUUCUUUGUCUUCA